CACAUUCUGGGAGCUCGCCGAGUUCCUGGGGGGAGGACUUUAUAAGGGACUACGAUGUCGCUCUCCUCCGGGCGCCGUCAGUCUCUCUCGGUUGAAAGUGGCUGGUCAUCCAUUAGGUAGUUUGAGACGGAUCGGACAGACCUGCGCAGCGUGUAGCGCUAUUCGUUUCUGAUUGCCCCAAUUGCUCUCCCCGUUGACUCUUCUACACACCUAUUUCCUCUCGCCCCUUUCCUGCUCCUCCUCCCUCUCUUUUACAAUGCGCCGAGCCAUCUCUCGAGGCAUUACUGCCGGAGCUGGCCGAACUUCUGGAGCAUCCCUUGCCCGGCCCUCACUCCUGUCUUCAGCAAAGACCAUGACAUCCUCCAGCUCGUCCGCCUCUGCCGUCGCGGCGAGGAGGAUACACGCCACAGCGCGGCACCUCAACGCCGCCCUGGCCUCGACGGCCGAGUCGUACGUCAAGACGCACGAAAAGAUCGCGAAGCCCGAGGACACCCCUUAUUUCCUCAACAACAAGUUCGUGAGCUCCAGCGCCACCGACUUCAUCGACCUGCACGACCCAGCCACCAAUAACCUCGUCACCCGCGUGCCGCAAAUGACCACCGAGGAGCUGCAGGCCGCCGUCGACUCGGCCGAGAAGGCCUUCCCCGCCUGGCGCGCCAUGAGCGUGCUGGCCCGCCAGCAGAUCAUGUUCAAGUUCGUCGCACUCAUCCGCGAAAACUGGGACCGCCUGGCCGCGAGCAUCACCCUUGAGCAGGGCAAGACGUUUGCCGACGCCAAGGGCGACGUACUUCGCGGCCUGCAGGUUGCCGAGGCCGCCUGCGGUGCGCCCGAGCUGUUGAAGGGCGAGGUGCUGGAGGUCGCUAAGGAUAUGGAGACGAGGAGCUACCGCGAGCCGUUGGGUGUUGUGGCUGCCAUCUGCCCCUUUAACUUCCCUGCCAUGAUCCCCCUCUGGUGCAUCCCCAUCGCGACCGUUACCGGCAACACCCUCAUCCUGAAGCCCUCGGAGCGGGACCCCGGCGCGGCCAUGAUCAUCGCCGAGCUGGCACAGAAGGCCGGCUUCCCCGACGGCGUGGUCAACAUCGUCCACGGCGCCCACAAGACGGUCGACUUCAUCCUCGAGGACCCGGUCAUCAAGGCCGUGAGCUUCGUCGGUGGCAACAAGGCCGGCGAGUACAUCUUCAACAAGGGCUCCGCCCACGGCAAGCGCGUGCAGGCCAACUUGGGCGCCAAGAAUCACGCCGCCGUCCUGCCGGACUGCAACAAGAACCACUUCCUCAACAGCGUCGUCGGCGCAGCAUUCGGCGCCGCCGGACAGCGCUGCAUGGCCCUCAGCACGUUGGUGCUUGUCGGCGAGACCAAGGAGUGGCUCCCCGAGCUGGCCGAGCUGGCCAAGAAGCUCAAGGUCGACGGUGGUUUCGAGGAAGGCGCCGACCUCGGCCCCGUCAUCUCCCCUCACAGCAAGCAGCGUAUCGAGAGUCUGAUCCAGAGCGCCGAGGACGAGGGCGCCACCAUCCUCCUCGACGGGCGCGGUUUCAAGCCCGCCAAGUACCCCAACGGCAACUGGGUUGCUCCCACCAUCAUCACUGAUGUGACGCCCGACAUGAAGUGCUACACGGAGGAGAUCUUUGGGCCCGUCCUGGUCUGCCUCAACGUCGAGACGCUCGACGAGGCCAUCGACCUGAUCAACAAGAACGAGUACGGCAACGGCACGGCUAUCUUCACCCGCUCCGGCGCCACAGCGGAGGCCUUCCGCCGCAACAUUGAGGCCGGCCAGAUCGGCAUCAACGUGCCCAUCCCCGUCCCCUUGCCCAUGUUCUCCUUCACCGGCAACAAAAAGAGUGUUGCCGGCGGCGGCGCAAACACUUUCUACGGGAGACCGGGAAUCAGCUUCUACACACAGGCCAAGACAGUCACCACACUUUGGCAGAGCGCAGACGCGAUUUCGCAAAAGGCCGACGUCGCGAUGCCGACUCACUCAUGAGUAUUGGUGCCGACGUGAUUUGGAAAGGACCGGGCAUCAGUGGUGCGUACCUAGGUCGCAGGAGACAAGUCUAUCAGGGCCUGGGCUUCUAGAGACCCAGUUCAAAGAACUCACCGAACGAAAAAUCUGAGCAUGUAAUCUGGAAUUGGUCGUUUUUUCUUUCUGUUUUUAUGGUGUUCAUCGUAAGUAGGCACGGCGGGCUGAAAAUGACACGGCUUGGCGAGCAAAAUACCGAAAUGUGUAUCGUGACCGCUGAGGCUGCAAAACACUGGGUGGGAUAGCCAACAAAUCAAUCACGCUCAUAAGACUGUUUGACAUGAGACACAAAAUGCAUCUUG